AUGUCCGCCUUCAGUGUCCAGUUCCCGGCCUGGUGCCACGAUGACCAAGUUCCCGUUACCGUUACGGAAAUCAGUGACAUUUUUCAGGACUUAACCUUAAAGUUCGGGUUCCAGCACUCCUCUAAGGAAAACAUGCUCGAGCAUCUUCUGGUCCAGUUGGAUUCUCGUGCCAGUCGCUCAAACGCGCAGAUGGCCCUCGUCACCCUUCAUGCGUCCUACAUUGGCGGUGAUGAGGCCAACUACAAAAAAUGGUUUUUUGCCGCGCAGUUAGACCUCGACGAGGACAUUGGCUUCCAAAACAUGAAGCUACAUGGGAAGUCCCGGAAACGCAACCGGGACUUUGCAAAGAAACGGGGGGUCUCUAUCGAGGAUCAGCUGCUCCACUGGAAAGAGAGAGAGGAGGAGUUUAUCAAAAGCCACCCGAAAAUCUCGUUCACGCCAGCCCAGCUGAAAGACGACAAAUUUUACAAAAUCGCAGAUUACAAGUGGAAACUCAAGAUGCGCCAGUUAGAGCCGGCCCAGAUGAUGCGCCAGUUGGCACUGUAUUUUUUGUGUUGGGGGGAGGCCAACCAAAUACGAUUUACUCCCGAGUGUCUAUGCUUCAUCUUCAAAUGUGCAUUGGACCACGAUGCAAGUACACAAGAAGCAUGUCAGCAGAGAAGACCAGAGUAUUCUUACUUGGAUGGGGUUAUUACCCCGCUGUACAGGUUUUUGAGAUCUCAAGUUUACGAUGUGGACGUGCAAAAUGGUAAAUUAACCAGACUUGAAAAAGAUCAUAAGGACAUCAUCGGGUAUGAUGACGUGAACCAAUUGUUCUGGUAUCCCGAGGGUCUCGAAUCUCUCGUUCUCCAGUCCGAUGAACGGCUAGUAGACAGGCCACUCCAUGAAAGGUAUCUGCUUCUCAAGGACGUUCAAUGGUCAAAGGCCUUCUACAAGACAUAUAGGGAAACCCGCACCUGGAUGCACUGUGCUACUAACUUCAACCGUAUUUGGAUAAUUCACCUAUCGUCCUUCUGGUUUUUCACCUCUUUCAAUGCACCGACUCUCUACACCAAGGAUUACAUUCAAUUACUCAACAAUCCUCCCACACCACAAGCCAAGUUGUCAGCAGUAGCUCUGGGCGGUACCGUAACUUGCUUGAUUCAGAUAGUUGCAACUCUAUUUGAAUGGAGUUUUGUUCCAAGAAAGUGGCCCGGGGGCCAACAUUUGACCCGCAGAAUGAUUGGGUUGCUGCUGUGCCUAUUUAUUAACGUGGCUCCUUCUAUCUACGUUUUUGGAUUUUUCCCGCUUGAUGUUCAUUCCGGAUAUGCCUAUAUCACAUCCAUCGUGCAGCUGGUGAUUGCAAUCCUUACCACUCUCUUCUUUGCUCUUAGACCUUUGGGUGGUUUGUUUGGAUCUUACUUGCGCAAGGGACAGAAGAGCAGGCGUUACAUUUCGUCUCAAACCUUUACAGCCCAAUUUCCCAAGUUGACAGGACGAAGUAAGUGGUUUUCAUGGGGCCUGUGGCUAUUUGUCUUUGUGGGUAAGUUCAUCGAAUCGUAUUUCUUCCUCACGUUGUCAUUGCGAGAUCCACUAAGGGUAUUGUCUAUUAUGGACAUGAGUAGGUGUAAGGGCGAUGCACUUCUUAGAACACACGUUUGCCGUCUUCAGCCCAAAAUUACGUUAGGUGUCAUGGUGUUGACUGAUUUGAUUCUUUUCUUCCUCGACACUUACCUAUGGUACAUCAUUUGUAACUGUGUGUUUUCCAUCAUUCUGUCCUUUUCACUGGGUACCUCUAUUCUGACCCCAUGGAAGAACAUCUAUUCGCGACUCCCCAAGCGAAUUCAUUCCAAAAUCUUGGCAACUUCCGAAAUGGAUGUGAAGUAUAAACCUAAGAUUUUAGUUUCCCAAGUCUGGAAUGCGAUUGUCAUAUCAAUGUAUCGUGAGCACCUAUUAUCAAUCGACCACGUCCAGAGACUGCUCUAUCAGCAGGUGGAUUCCAUGACGCAUGACAAGAGGGCACUCAAGUCUCCAACGUUUUUUGUAGCCCAAGAUGAUUCAACUUUCAAAUCCAUGGAGUUUUUCCCUGAAAACUCAGAAGCGGAACGCCGUGUAUCUUUCUUCGCUCAAUCUCUAUCUACUCCAAUCGCGGAACCUAUGCCUGUUGAAUGUAUGCCGACGUUCACCGUAUUGAUCCCUCAUUAUUCAGAAAAGAUUCUGCUAUCUUUGAAAGAAAUUAUCAAAGAAGAGUCCACGAAAACGCGGAUCACAUUAUUAGAAUACCUCAAGCAUCUACAUCCUAUCGAGUGGGAAUGUUUUGUGCGAGACACCAAGUUGCUUUCAGUUGAGGGCGAUAUGGACUACAGCGACGGUCUAGAGAACAGCGAUGUCUCGCAGAGGAAUAGUGUUGACAAUUCCACCAAGGAUGCGCAUGACAGAUUUACUUUCAUUCAAAGCAAGAUUCAAGAUUUACCUUAUUAUUGUAUGGGAUUUAGCAAAUCGGAUCCCGAAUACACUUUGAGGACUAGAAUUUGGGCAUCUUUGCGGUUUCAAACACUUUAUCGAACCAUAACCGGCUUUAUGAAUUACUCAAAAGCUAUAAAGCUGCUUUAUAGAAUUGAGAAUCCUUCAGUAGUUCUGGCUUUUGGCGCCAAUUUCGAGGCUUUAGAAGCUGAGCUGGAAAAUCUAUCGAGGAGAAAGUUCAGGAUGUUGGUUGCAAUGCAGAGAUUAAGCAAGUUUCGGCAAGAUGAGCAAGAAGCAACCGAAUUACUUCUGAGGGCCUAUCCAGACAUGUGCAUAUCAUAUUUGGAAGAAGUUUCUCAGCCUGGGGCGGAACCCCAUUUCUACUCUUGUCUUAUAGAUGGAAAUUGCAGUUUCGACCAAGUGACAGGUAAGAGAGUUCCGCGGUUCAGGGUACGUCUCUCGGGAAACCCUAUUCUCGGCGAUGGAAAAUCAGACAAUCAAAAUCAUUCGUUAAUAUUCUAUCGCGGAGAAUACAUUCAAGUAAUUGAUGCUAACCAAGAUAAUUACUUGGAAGAAUGCUUGAAAAUCAGGUCGGUCUUGAGCGAGUUUGAAGAACUUGACAUGGAAGAAAACAUUCCCUAUAUCCCAGGCAUUGAGUAUGGGGUGGGGCCUGCUCCAGUUGCCAUUGUGGGAGCUCGAGAAUAUAUUUUUUCGGAAAAUAUCGGUGUUCUAGGAGAUAUUGCCGCUGGUAAAGAGCAAACCUUUGGAACCCUAUUUGCGCGCACCUUGGCGGAAAUUGGUGGCAAGUUGCAUUACGGCCAUCCUGACUUUCUUAAUGCCAUUUUCAUGACCACAAGAGGUGGGAUUUCUAAAGCUCAAAAAGGUUUACAUUUGAAUGAAGAUAUAUACGCUGGCAUGACGGCCGUCUGUCGCGGAGGGAGAAUCAAACAUAGCGAUUAUUACCAAUGUGGGAAAGGUCGGGAUCUGGGGUUUGGCUCAAUCUUAAAUUUCACCACUAAAAUUGGCGCUGGGAUGGGCGAACAGCUUCUUUCGAGGGAGUACUACUACCUCGGUACGCAACUUCCUAUUGACCGCUUUCUAUCCUUUUUCUAUGCACAUGCUGGCUUUCACUUGAACAACCUAUUUAUCACACUUUCUGUUCAGGUGUUUUUCGUUCUGUUAAUAAAUCUGGGGUCUCUUAACCACGAAAGUGUCAAAUGUAGCUACAAUCGUGACUUACCGAUAACUGAUUUGCAGCGACCAAUCGGCUGUUAUAAUAUUGAACCUGUUCUCCAUUGGGUGAGCAUUUUCGUGCUUUCAAUCUUCAUCGUUUUUUUUAUUGCCUUUGCUCCAUUGUUAAUACAAGAGCUUUUAGAAAAAGGUGUUUGGAAAGCGUUUUCCAGAUUUUUGCAUCAUUUACUUUCUUUGGCAUCCUUCUUUGAGGUUUUUGUGUGCCAGAUUUACGCUAGUGCUCUUCUUGCAAAUGUCACCUUUGGAGGAGCCAAAUACAUUUCAACGGGGCGAGGUUUUGCGAUAACAAGGUUGGAUUUCCCUGAAUUGUACUCAAAAUUCGCUUCUAGCUCAAUCUAUUCGGGCUCCAAAAUAUUCCUCAUGUUAGUCUUUGCAACGGUCGCUAUGUGGCAACCAGCUCUUCUCUGGUUUUGGAUUACGGUCAUUUCGAUGUGUCUAGCGCCGUUUAUAUUUAAUCCACAUCAGUUUACCUUUAGCGAUUUCUUUGUGGACUACAGAAAUUUCAUUCACUGGUUGUCCCGGGGGAACACCAAGUUCGAGGAGAAUUCUUGGGUGGAGUAUGUGCGGAGCUCAAGGGUAAAAUUUACUGGUUUCAAGAGCAAGUUGAUCGAGGAUGUUUCCGAAAGAAACGCUUGUGAAACUAAGAAGGCCCAACUUCCAGAUAUCUUCGUUGCCGAAAUUUUGGUUCCCGUUUUCUCUGUGAGCUUAAGUUUUACUGCGUACACAUUCAUCAACGCCCAAACUGGGGUCACCAUGGUCGAGCCUACCAACGCUGUAAUAAGGCUUGGCAUUGUGACUUUUCUGCCUAUUUUUGGAAACAUCGCGGUGUUGCUGGUGUGUUUCUCACUGUCCUGCUUUGCUGCACCGGUCCUUUCCUUGUGCUGUAAGAAGACUGGGGCUACGAUAGCGGCCGUGGUCCAUUCCUUCUCUGUAAUAAUCUACUUGAUAGACUUCGAACUAAUGUGGUUUUUGGAAGGUUGGAAUUUCUCGAGAGCACUGCUGUUGCUGAUUGCUUGUAUAAACGUCCAAGGCAUGCUUCUGCAGGUUUUCACGAUAUUAAUUCUGACCCGCGAGUACAAGAACAAUAGAUCGCAUUUGGCUUGGUGGUCCGGUAAGUGGUACAACACAGGGAUGGGAUGGUCCGCUGCGCUGCAGCCCACGAGAGAGCUGUUUGUCAAAACAAUUGAAUGCAGUCUUUUCGCGGCAGACUUCAUAUUGGGACAUCUCCUGAUGUUUGUACAACUACCGUUAGUAUUUACCCCAUUCGUUGACUACUGGCAUUCAAUGAUUCUCUUUUGGAUGAAACCGAGAAGUUUGGUUUCAAAUAAGCUCGCCUACACAAAAAGACAGAAGGAACGCAGGAAGCGCAUUGUACGCAAGUAUUUCCUCCUGCACUGCUUAAUGUUGAUCAUAUUCCUAGUUUUGCUAAUUAGUCCAUUCUACGUGGCUGAGUUCCUUCCAAUAGGGCCCGAGCUGUUCCGUGGCUCAUAUCUGCAGGGUCUCGUCCAGCCCAAAGGCCAAGACAAUAACGACACCGGCAGCAGAGCACCUCCAAAUAUCUUGACCGCGACGCCGCCCAUGCCUGUUUUUAGAACAGUGCCUUAA